AUGGGCCCCGAUCAUCGCAAGCCCUCGCAAGCCCACCCCGCAGGCCCUUCAGCAGCGGCCAUCGGCAGGUUCCCCAGCUUGCUUCGCUCCCCCCUGCCAACCUCCCACCCCUCCCGUGCCUCUCGUCGCAUUCCGUCGCUCGCUCGCUCUCACUCGCUUCUUACUCGACGCUCAUCAGAGUCGCAGACGGAAAACUAUAAGCCGUGCGAGCAAGCAGCAGUGGAGGUGCAGUCGGUUCCCGCUCUUCCUGUUGUCGCUCUUCUGGAAGAAUCUGCGUCAACAGAUGCAGAGACAGAAACCGUCCGCCAUCCCACUGACGCUGGCAAGGCGGAUGCUGCAACUGUGACUGUUGCCGUUUCGAACCAGGCUGAGGAAGCAAAGAAACCGGCGGAGUUGAAAAAUAAAGUGUAUUCGUUCCUGGAGCUGCUUGCUCAAGAAGACUCAGUUGCCUUACCCACGGUUAAGGCUGUUGCCUCCUCAGCUAAGGUUGCGGCCUGGUUGGGUGUGGAAACCGGAUCAGAGCAGGGUGGGGAGGUGGGAGCAGAGGCGAGCAGCGGGUGGAGCAGUUUGAGUCGCAGUGAGAGCAGCUGCAGCAGCCACAGUGCGUGUCUCAUCAACCUCUCCUCGGACUCCUCCUCCUGCUCCUCCUCCUCCGCUCACAGCCUCUGCAGCAGCCCCACUGGCUUGACGGAGGAGGUAGCUGGUGUGAAGAGGGGGAUUGGUCACGGCGUUUCCAGCAUUGGGAAAGGAUGCUCUCUGUCCACUGCUUACCAAUUCACUGAGCUCUUGGCAGCUGAAAAAAAAUCAGUGAAGAGUGGGAUCGGUAAGGGUCUUUUCUGCAGUGGGAAGGACUGGAGCAUGGAGGUGAAGGGGUUUGGGAAGGCGGAGCAAGGACAGACUGUCUCAAACCUUUUGUAUGGGUUUGACGAUGAGGACGAAGAGGAGGAGGAUGGCAGCAGCAGACAAGGGUCCAAGAUCUCUGGGAUCGGAACAAUGUGCUACAUGAAUCAGCUGUACAUGGAUGAGGAAGAGGAGGAGUGGGAGGCGUUGGCGGCAUCAGGCAUCUCGAUUGGCAUCGGCAGAAGCAUGGCUUCAAAAGCUCAACGGGCAGUGCAGGGUACGGGAGGUGCAAGAGCCGGGGAGGUGAGUAAGGGAGGUGCAGAGCAGGGGAGGUGGAGAGCAGGGGAGGUGGAGAGCAGGGGAGGUGGAGAGCAGGGGAGGUGGAGAGCAGGGGAGGUGGAGAGCAGGGGAGGUGGAGAGCAGGGGAGGUGGAGAGCAGGGGAGGUGCAGAGCAGGGGAGGUGCAGAGCAGGGGAGGUGGAGAGCAGGGGAGGUGGAGAGCAGGGGAGGUGGAGAGCAGGGGAGGUGGAGAGCAGGGGAGGUGGAGAGCAGGGGAGGUGCAGAGCAGGGGAGGUGCAGAUCAGGGGAGGUGGAGAGCAGGGGAGGUGGAGAGCAGGGGAGGUGCAGAGCAGGGGAGGUGGAGAGCAGGGAGGUGCAGAGCAGGGGAGGUGCAGAGCAGGGGAGGUGCAGAGCAGGGGAGGUGGAGAGCAGGGGAGGUGGAGAGCAGGGGAGAGGGAGCACACAUGGGGGGUAG